AGACCCUCCCCACCACUUUCCCCACUUACAUGUUCAUAUAGGCAUGUGUGUAUCUGGCCUUCUGCCCCCCCAACCCAACCCCCAACACCUUCACAGAAAACGAUUGUACACUAGUUUAGGGAUGGGGUUGCAUUUGCGAGGGGCACAUUAAGCCAUGGUAAACCCUUUGCAUUAUUGAGCCAAGGACACUCGAAUGAAAAAAGGCCUUAGGCCCUAGUCUCUCUCUCUCCCUCUCCCUCUCCCUCUCCCUCUCUCUCUCUCUCUCUGUUUUCUGUGUUACGUACAUCGCCAAAAAGUGAUAUUUGCAAUUUGCAAAUGGGGAUUGAAAGUGGUGAGAGAGAGAGAGAGAGCAACAGAGCGCAAAUUAACUCAACCCCCAUGUAGUGGCCAGACUUCUUAGCGAACCCAUUAUCCCUCUCCUUCUAUCUCCGCCAUACUCAGCUGCUGGAGUCUUGAGAAGAUGCCCAGGCCAGGCCCCAGACCUUACGAGUGCGUCAGGAGAGCUUGGCACAGUGAUAGGCAUCAACCCAUGAGAGGUUCCAUCAUUCAGCAGAUUUUCAGGGUCGUCAAUGAGUCUCACAGCCCCGCGACUAAGAAGAACAAGGAGUGGCAGGAAAAGCUUCCUAUCGUUGUCUUGAAAUCGGAGGAAAUCAUGUACUCUAAAGCCAAUUCCGAGGUUGAGUACAUGAAUCUUGAGACACUGUGGGAUCGGGUAAAUGAUGCUAUAAACACAAUAAUUCGAAGGGACGAGAGCACUGAAACUGGAGAGCUUUUGCCGCCGUGUAUUGAAGCCGCCCUUAAUCUGGGCUGCAUUCCGGUGAGAGCAUCACGAAGCCAACGGCACAGUAAUCCGAGGAGUUAUCUUAGCCCGAGAGUUCAAGAACCCCCCUCUGCCCCCUCUAGAAUUUUGGAUAAUACUAUAAAUAAACAAUGUCCUCAGUUGCGGCCACUCCAUUCUCGUGAUCAAUUAACCUUUGCGAGACCUGCAACUGUUGAUUCGGCUCAUUUGGUUUCAGAAUCUAACAGACCUAUUACCCAGAAUAAUAACCCCUCUACUACUUCUAGCUUUCCUUUUCGGCAUGAGAAUUUUCCUUCCGGCGGCAAGCAGUCCAUGACAAUGGAAGCUAACACCUCUUUGAACUUUGGUUCAGUUUAUCCCCUGUAUUAUGGUACUCAGUAUCAAACUGAAAAGUCACAGUUAUGCAUCCGGAACCCCGUAAACAUGAACUCCAACAAUAUAUUUGAUGACGUACCAAUCAGUUCACCAAUUGCAGAGCAUGUUGAAAAGGGUGUCUUGCAAAACUUAUUCACCUGUGAUCGCGUUGAGAAUGCUUUAGAUGAAAAUGCUCAAGAAGAUUUUAGUGACAUCCAUCAGAAGUCAACAGAGAUUGAAUGUGAUUUAUCCUUGCGGUUAGGCCUGUUCUCAGACUCAUGUAUGAGCAUGGAAAAACGUUCAGUUCGUGAUACUGAGGAUGUUGGUUCAAGUGGUUCUCAAGAUGGGAGCAAGUUUAGUGAUGUGUCUGCACACAAAAAUGAGUUCUGUUUCUUUCCACUGGAGACUGCAAGUGAUCCUUUUGUGUCGUGUUCAAGUGGGUGGAAAUCUGAGGGUAAAGGUCAAAAUGUGGAGGCUACAAGUACAACGCAUGAAGCUUCCUUUUGUAACAUUCUGGAGGAUGGGCAAUUUUGCUGGCAACCAGAGCUCCCAUCCGACCAGUUUACUGGUCAACUUAAAAGGCCAGGACUGUUGCUUAUUUUGGAAACCUGGAUCAGAUUCAGACAUAUCGAGAUGUGGUAUAUGUAUACUUAUGUAUAACGGAUCCGUAUGUGCUUGUGCAUCGGAUUUAAUUCUUAUUCUUAUUAGAUCUGAUUGGGAUAUAUUGAAAGUUUAUUUUGCUGAUUAUUGGAAUUUGAUGUAUUGACAUGAUUAUCAGAAAUUAGAUAGCAAAACAUUCUGAACUUACUGCUUUAAGACUUUAACUAUGUAUAUACCAUCUUCUUUGAUUUCUCA